AUGGCUAAUAGGUACGAGGCACAAGACUCUGCCUUUGUAGUCACUUUUGUUAUCAACAGUGUAAUCACAAUCAUUUUCUUUUUUUUGUUUUGUUUUUUAAGAAGAAAGUAUAAAUCAUUUUAUCAAUACAGAUAUGAAAAAAAUCACAAAGGUAUUGUUGCACCACCAUCUGAUGGAUUUUUCUCAUGGGUUGGUGAUACAUUAAGAUACGAUUUAAAUAGAAUUAAAGAUUCCGCUGGUAUGGAUGGUUAUAUGUAUCUCAGAAAUGUUAAAACAAAUUUUUUAAUAAUGUUGGUAAUUAUGGUAUUAGGUGCUGUUAUGUUAUAUCCAACCAAUGCAGUUGGUAAAUAUAAUGACCAUAGAGAAAAAGAUGAAGAUGGUAAUUAUCCAGAUCCAGUUGUAGGUUUAUCAAGAAUUUCGAUGGGCAAUAUCGAAAGAGGUUCAAGUUUAUUAUGGGUCCAUUUAGUAUUCGUAUUAUUUGUAACAUUUACAGUAUUGUUCUUUACCUAUCGUGACUACAGAGACUAUAGUAAAAAUAGAAUUGUAUAUAGACAACAAAGCCGUCUUUCAAACUAUUCCAUUUUACUUCGUGAUAUUCCAAUUCAAAUGUUUACUAAAGAUGAAUUAUCACACUACUUUAGAAACCAUUUAGCCAAUCAAUCCGAUUUAUUAGAUAUUUCGUUGCAAUAUCCAGCUCCACACAUUUAUAAGCUUGUAAACCAAAGAGAGACCUUCAUCAAGAAAUAUGAAGCUGCUAUUGAAAAAUAUAGAAAGACUCAAGAAAAACCACAAGUUAAAUUAGGUUUAUGUGGAUGCUUUGGUGAAAAAGUCGAUGCCAUUGAUCACUACCAAACCCAAAUUGAUGACCUUACAAAGAAAAUCGAAGAUGAAAGAGCAGCUGCAGAAUCAGACUACUAUGAAAAGAAUGCUGGUAAGAAAGUUGCUGGCACUGGUUUUGUUGUAUUCAACCAAAGACAAAUUCAAAAAGAAAUGGUUCAAACUAUUAUGCACGAAAAAUACCAAUCCCAAUUUUCUCGUUACUAUGCACCAGAUCCAAAUGACGUCUUCUGGCCUAAUAUUCACAUUGGUUUAAAACAAUACUAUAUUCGUCUCCUUUUGGUUUCAGUUUUCACAUUCUUCCUCAUUUUCUUCUGGAUGAUCCCAGUUGCAUUCCUUUCAGGUUUCAGUAAUUUAGGUACCCUCGCUAAAGUUCCAGCAUUCUCUUGGUUGGUCGAUAUCAUCGAAAAGUCUGAUGUUUUAACUGGUUUCUUACAAGGUUUCUUACCAAAUUUAAUUUUAAUCAUCUUUAUGGCACUUUUAAUUCCAAUUAUGUAUGCAAUUAGUCGUGCCACUGGUUACUUUGCCAAUAGUAAGAUUGAAGCAUCAGUAUUUUCAAAAUACUUUUUAUUCUUAGUAUUCAAUGUAUUCUUAGUUUCUGCAAUUGCUGGUACAGUUUUCCAAUCAAUCAAAGAAAUUGCAGAUAACCCAGGCUCCAUCAUUUCAACCAUUGCAAAUGCUUUAGGUGGUUUAUCAUUCCAAAUGAUCAAUUAUGUACUCCUUGCUGCAUCUGGUUUAAUGGGUGGAUUAGCUCGUGUCGUUGGUUUAAUCAUUCGUAACAUAAAAUUAAGAUGGUUAGCAAAAACAAGAAGACAAAUCGAUGAAAUAACCCAUCAAGGUCCAUUUUCAUAUGGUGUUGCCUAUGCUACCAAUCUCUUAAUACUUCAAUUAUGUUUAGCUUACUGUACAUUAAGUCCAUUCAUUGUUAUAUUUGGCGUUUGGUAUUUCGGUGUUACAUAUUUAGUUUGCAAAUACAACAUUAUCUGGGUAAACACUCCAAAUUAUCAAAGUGGCGGUAUGUUCUAUCCAAUGAGCUUUAGAAGAACACUUGUAGGUUUACUCAUUUACCACAUUUUGAUGAUUGGUACAUUCAACGUUUACAAAUUCUACUAUGGUAUUCUUGUAGUUAUCCCAUUGGUCGUCACAAUCAUCUUUUGGUACGUCUGUGAAAGAAUAUUCUGUAACAUUUCAAAGAACGGUAUUUUAGAUCCAUAUCAAAAGCAUAUGCAACAAUUACAAGCUCAAGAAAUAGAAAUGGAACAAUCAAUUUCAUCAUCAUCACAAGCUGCUGAACCAAUUCAACCACAUAUGCAAGAAACAUUUAAUGAUGGCUCUCAUUCAAUCUUUGAGUACAACCAAAAUAUGUACAAACCACCAUACUAUCCAGGCAAAUUAAUGGAACCAAAUGUUUCUUUUGGUUCUGAAUUUCCUCUUGGAAGCGCAAGUGUAUAA